AUGACUGUAAAUGAAGCUGAUAAGAGGGUAUACUAUGGAACCAUCAAAGAGAUUUGGGAGCUUGACUAUGUGAAAGUUAAGGUGGCAUUAUUCAGGUGCGCAUGGAUCCCUCUUGGUCAGCCCGCAGCCCCGCACCUCACGCACGCACGCAAGACUAGAAGACCUAACCGCCUGCUCUACCACCCCGACUCAGCCGCCGCCGCCGCUACUCAUCUGAGCGGCUUAGACGCCGCCGGCGCCACUGCUCACUGCAUCUUCUCCCCCACCCGGCCACCCCCGACGCCAACUCCCGUGGCGGCUGGCAUCUUCCGCAUCUCCGCCCUCGCCUUCUCACUGACCGCCGACCGUCGCGCCGUUGCUGGACUCGCUGCACGCAAGGAAGCAGAUGAUCAGAGGAGGACAUGGACCAGCCGUCGCACAUCCGUCCGCCCAGCGCCCACCCACCUUCGGUUCGAGCUUCGAGCUUUCGACAUCAUCCCAACUCUCCACACCGGCAACUCAGCGGGCGACCGUCGGCCCACCUUGGCAUCUCGGAGGUGUCUUCUCCUAUUCGCCACCACGUCUUCCACGGCAGAAACUGAGCAGUCAGUCAAUAUGGUUGAAUCUGGUGGAGUAGGUGAUGUUGAGAUGACUGAGGAGAUUCAAGUUUAUGAAAAAGAAAGAAAGAAAAGAGGAGUAUGAACAGAAAAGGAAGGGAAUGGAUGAACGACGUAGAAGAAGGCAGAUGAAGAAAAGAUCGCAGGUGUGGGAUCAAUUUUCUGAGGUACUAGUAGUCCACUCAAACAAGCCCGAGCUUAGGCUUCUUCCACUUAUGCAGAGCUUUGAAUCACUUAGUAGCAGCUAUGGUUGCCAGUCUAGAAUGGUACUUUACUGUACAAUGAACUGUUUGCAAUUUCAUUUUCAAAAAUGACAUGCUCUUAAUUAGAGGUGUUACUUAUUAUGUGCAUCUUAAUCAAUAACAUGAUCUUGAAGGUUUUGCAUUUUAGUAAUUUGUGUACGUAUUGUUCUUCAUCAUUGUGCACAUGAUAUUGUGGUGAGUAUGCCAAGAAAACCAUUGGUUCUUCCUUCUAGUUUAUGAUAUUUCUGAUUUUCAUUGUGUUUUCAAAGUUUAUUGUAAUGAUGUGAAUGAUUGUUGGUUCGACCAGAAUUUUCAGGAGGUGGCAGAAGUUGUGGUUAUAAUAGCAACAAUCAAAUGUAAUAUGUGGACUGGACAACUCUGUGGCAGAGGAAGCUAAUAUUCCUUUAAAGUUGUGGAAGAUAUUGAUGUAUACGAAGUAUAUUUGAUAUGCAAGAUGAUGUAUUUGUAGCACUCUGUUUGAUACUGAUUAUUAAGUUUGAAAUCUUGUUUAUGUAAAUUUGUGUUCAAAUCUGAUUCUGUUGUUAAUAGUGCCCUUGUAUUGUUUUGACUUUCAA